CUCGCAGGGGCCGGGGCCGGGGCCGGGGCCGGGGGCGGCGCGGCCUGACGCCGCCAGCAGGCGGUGAGGGAGGGCGCCGGCGGCCCGCUGGCCGGCAGAAACGUCAUGAGGGAGCGCCGGCGGCCUCCGGCUCUGGCUGCGGAGAUGGAGCCGCCGCGCCGCGUCCUGCUGCUGGGGGAGGGUAACUUCUCCUUCGCGGCCUCCCUGUGCGGAGCCGCGGGCACCCACGUCGUGGCCACUUGUUACGAGAGCGAAGAGGAGGUGUCCGGGCGGGGGCGAGCGGCGGAGAGCAUCCGGCGGCUGCGGGAGAGGGGAGCUGAAGUUCUGUUUUCUGUGGACUGCACCAAGCUGAAGGACUAUUUUUUACCAGAAGAAAGAGGCUUUGAUUGUAUUUAUUUCAACUUCCCUCACUGUGGGAGAAAGGCUGGGGUAGUGAAGAAUAGAGAGCUUCUUGCCCAGUUUUUCCAUGGCUCUGCAGAAGUGCUGACAGAGGAGGGAGAGAUCCAUGUGGCUCUUUGCAAUGGACAGGGUGGGACACCUGCUGAUCAACCGAGGAGAGAAUGGCACAACAGCUGGCAAAUAGUGGCUGUGGCAGCAGGAGCUGGAUUUAUCUUGAGUAACGUUCAUCCUUUUAAAGCAGACACUAUCCAUGGAUAUAAGUGUACAGGCUACAGGAGUCAGGAUAAAUCUUUCUGUGUAGAGGGAGCUUUAAACCACAUUUUCACACGAAGCAUGCCACUUCCAUAUUUCAAACCCAUGAUCUGCGAGAUAGAACUGGAAAGCAGAAAAGUUUCUUUUCAAGUACCGCAAGUACUCGUGGACAAAAUUAAUAGGGGUUUCCUAGAACUAAAUUCAAAUCAUCCAGUACGUACACUACAGGACAAGCUCACUGCAGAGCUCAGCCAAGCCUUUCCGUUACAAAACACUGACUACUGCCUUUCUCUGCUCCACCAAGGUCACCUCAAUGGUGUUUGUCACUCAAACAUCUUUUGGAUCAUUCUGAGCCCAGAGGAGACUCCAAGCACUGAAGAAAUGUCUAAUGGACUGGCAAAUGCGGUUUUAUUUUCCCAUGUUGAUUUUUGCAGGGACACAGAUAAGAAUGGCUGGGUGAAUGUACAAGAGGGAUGCCACGUUUCAAAACAGUAUUAUCUUAGACCUUCCCUUCUACCUUAUGCUCAGGCAAUAAUACAAAGAGGAGUAUUUCUCCCGGGGACACUUCAUGUUCUUUCUGGCCCAGUUUUCAGGAAGUGUCUUGUCACUCCUUACUCCAUGCCUGUUUUUCAUGAGGUGGUUUUUGUAUGUGCAGUUAACAGGGGUACAGAGAACAGCUGUAUCCAGAUGUUGAUGAAUAACAUUAAAACCAGCAUACAUUCUUUUCACCAGACUGUUCCGGGCUUUAAAGUGAGUAUCAAUCUGCAGGAAGCAACAAGCUUUGAAACAACUGAGCUAAAUGACUUUGCUGCUUUUGAAUCUCAGCUUAGUAAAAUUCAGUACUUCAUCUGUAUGGAGACAGAUACUUCAGGCUCCUGUGAGAAGGGCUUCUGUGUGGGAAUCAUAAGGACAGCUCAUUACGAACUAGUAAGCAGUGAACUGGUUGUUGUCUUUGCUUCAUUGAAUCUGGACCUCCUAGCCAUGCUGAUCUGUGGAAUAUGUGACUGGCGAAUGCUCUGGACAUCAGACACACGGUUCCUCCGUCAAUUUCCUAGAGGAGAGUUAAGGCUUUUCAGGAGUUUUUCUCUCUAUCCACCUUCCUAUGUGCAUGAUGUCAGCUUUUGGGUUCCUGAUGGGCAACAAUUUGAUGAAGUUGCUUUUCACACAGUUGCUAGGCAGGUGUCAGGUGAAAUGGUCGUCUCCAUCCAGUUAAUCGAUAGUUUCCAGCAGUCCGAGACCGGACGGAGGAGCCUGUGCUACCGCCUGACCUUCCAGUCCUGUGACAAGGCACUGAGCCGCCAGGAGGUGGCAGGGAUGCAGCUGCUCUUUCGGAAGGAGAUAAACCAGCGCUUGCGGGUAGCUCUUCGGUAGAGCCUUCUCUGUUGUUUUCAGGGGCUUGAGCAGCGUCUGCGCUUGUUGCCGAUCCGGAAAAUGUGGCCUACAUCUUGUUGGACCUGUGUGUUAUUGCAGUGCCUCUUACAAAGGCGGUGUGGACUUCAAGUACCUGCACACAUUGUAAAUGUGGAAAUUCCUGUUAAUGCAGACCAAGCACCUUCCUGUUCUGCGUGUGUGUAAUGAAAGCUCAUCUUAACCAGUGGAGCCUUUCUUUGCUAGGGUCCUGUGAGACUGGGCUUGAUCUCCUUACUGAUGCCAAUUCGCUUUUCCUACUCUCACUUGUGUUUGCCCAGCCCCUUGUGGUGGUGGCAACUGUAUCGAGUACCCUGGAAGAGGGAGGAUCUUGCUAUUUCCGAAGGGUUGCGUACAGUUUGAGCACUGAAAGCACUCUGCGCAGAUGCUCGGUCCCUGUGGGAGGAUGGUGCGUGCUGGGUUGCCCCACGCAGCCCGUCUCAGAAGGGAGGCCCGUGCCAGGGGUGCACCCGGUGGGGCCCCAGCCGCGUGCACCAGCAGGCUGUUUUCUGAGUAGUACCGAUGGUAGUCACAAAUGGUGAUUCCGUUACUAGAUUCUAAAGGAUACUAACUGGUCCUAAAGGGUAGCUGUACCGCCAGGAGUGCGUUAAUCGCUACAGCAGAUGUAACUGCUGACAGAGAACUCCAGUAAGAGAGUGAGUUACUGGGAUCUGUAGGAUUACACUGGGGAAAGGCAGCAAGAAGCCUUUCUUUUAACAAACGUUGAAGACUCGCAAGACCUGAGGUCACUGCUGACACCAUAGCGACUCCCGGAUUGUGCUAGGUAAUUCAUGGCUGCCGCAGACACAAAGAAGCGCUUCCAGGUAGUUCUGUUAGGCUCUUCUACCAGUAAGUAAUUCUACUGCUGGAAAGUCUGCUCCCGAAUGCUAACAGCGGAGCCCCCCCGGCUCUUUGGGAACGAAAUAAAAACCUCCUCGUCGUAA